AUGUGGUCGGUGUCGGCGGCGCUCGCGAUCGUGCAAGUCGUCGUGCUUAACAACUGGGCGUUCUAUCCGGGCCGCGCGAUGUGCUUCAUGGACUGGCAGACGCGAGAAGCUCCGAAGCUCGCCUUCAACAUCGCUGAUCUUGUGCUGUGCGUGCUGCUACUGCUCGGGCUGCUGCUCAUAGUUGUUAUUCUCGUCGUGCGGGCCGCUCGUCGCCACCACACGAACUCGCUGCGCCUGACGGCAUCCUACGGCACCGACGGCCAAGCGGCCGACAACCGCCGCGUCAUCCGCAACAAUCUCAACGUUCCGAAGAGUGAUUCGCCGACGAUAGUGCAUCGCGGGGGGUCGCGGCUGUCGCUGCCGCUCGCGUGCGCGACGUCCAAGAUUUCGGCGGCCAGGUGUCGCAGCGCACCGAACAACUUCGAAGUGACGGUGACGAAGAAGGCGAAGACGAUCUCGCUGCACCAGCUGAAGGCGGCGCGUAUACUGCUCACGGUCGUCACCUGCUUCGUCGUCUGCUACCUGCCGCUGUUCGCGCUCAACGUGGCGACAGGCGUGCUACAGUGGCGCACCCUGCCGCCGAGACUCGACCGCGUCGCCCCCAUGCUGCUCUACACGUCACGUGUCCGCCGACUCCCGUCGCCAGCUCCGGUUCGAGCGGAGUGA